ACACACAUUUUCUGUAGAAAACAAAUAGUAUAAUAAUAUUCUCCGAGUUGUGUUGUCUAUUGCGGAAUGUGAGAGCAUCUACACAUGUACCAUUCUGCAAGAUCUUGAGAUUGUGUAAGUAAUCUUUUACUCAAUUGUGCAUGUCGUGUUCGUGAGAGCUGGAACUGUGAUCACUUAUUAGAUGUCCAAUCGAAACCGACAUCAGCAUGCGCACAUGGAGACCCGUGCUUGGGUGGUAUUUAGAUGAAUAUACCACAACACCAUGGCAACGGCCGCAAAGAAGAGACGCAACGUCAUUAUAGCCAUGGACAGCAGUGAGGCGUCAAUGAAUGCGUUUAAUUGGUAUCGAACAAUGGCUAGGAUGGAAACUGACAGAAUAACGUUGUUACAUGCUGUGGAAAUAUAUCGCACAAUAUACACCUCUCCAUGGUUUCAUGACAUUCCAUUUGCUGUGGAUGUAAACGCCGUCAAAGCAGCUUACGCUAACCACAAAAUCGAAGUUGAAAACAAGCUAUAUGAUUUGGCCCUGCUGAUGAAGGCAUUUUGUAUAGAGGGAAAAGUCCGAAGCGUACAUGCAGACAAACCAGGUGAGGGAAUAGUUCGUAUCGCGGAGGAAUUGGAAGCUGACUUGAUCAUAAUGGGAACACGUGGUCAAAGCACCAUCAGGCGGACUGUAACCGGAAGUGUCAGUGAUUACGUUCUUCACCAUGCAACUGCACCAGUUCUUUUGUGUCCCCCCAAACAUGUGUUAAAGUAAAACAUUAAAGAAUUUACGGAUCA